AUGUAUAGUAUUCAUUCGAUCAAGAGUCCGGGGCCUGAUGGUAAUGGAGCUGGUUUCUUUAAAGCUAUGUGGAAGGACAUUGGUAAGGAGAUAUCUAUGGCUGUGUUGGAUUUCUUUGAGACAGAUCUGAUUAAGGGCUAUAACAGGAAGAAUAGUUGUCCUAGAUGUGCUAUGAAGAUUGAUCUUAGUAAAGCUUAUGAUACUAUUGAUUGGGGUUUCUUGGAAGAUCUUUUAAAUGCCUUAUGCUUUCCAAGUAGAUUCAUUAAGUGGGUAAUGGUGUGUUUGAGGGGUACAACUUACUCGUUAAUGAUGAAUGGUAGAAUCCAAGGGCAAUUUAAAGGAGAAAAAUGGCUUAGACAAGGAGACCCAAUUUCUCCUUUACUAUUGGUUAUUGUGAUGGAUUAUCUUACUCGACUCUUGCUCAAAGCUUCCACUGACAAGAAUAUCAAGUUCCAUCCCAUGUGUAAAUAUCUUAAUCUUAUUAUCAUUUGCUUUGCUGAUAACCUUAUUCUGUUUUGCAAAGGUAAUAUUGGUUCAGUGCAAAUUAUUCAAGGAAUGUUUGAUGCUUUCUGUGCUGCUUCAGGCCUGGCUAUCAACAAAAAUAAAUCUCAUAUCUUUUUUGCGGGGCUUAAAGUUACUGAAAAGAUUAAAAUUCUUCUGUGUACCAAGAUUGAUAAGGGGUCUUUUCUUCUGAAAUAUCUUGGAGUCCCUAUGUGGCCAACCAAAUGGAAGGCUACGGAUUGUGAUCUUAUUAUAAAGAAGAUUCGAUUGAGAUUGCAUUCGUGGUCUAUUCGCCAUCUCUCUUUUGCUGGUCAGGUUCAGCUGAUCCAUUCUGUGUUGUUGGGGCUUCGUAGCUAUUGGAUGAGUAUUUUUCUACUCCCUCAAAGUGUUGCAAAGGACAUUGAUCGUCCACGUAGGAAUUUUCUUUGGGGUGAGAGAUGGUCUCGAAUUUGUGCUCAAGUAGAUGAAAGUCAAGCUCAUUUAUUUUUUGAUUGCCCUUUUUCUAAGAGGAUUAUGCAGAGAGUGUAUGGCUGGCUUGGAGCAGUGAUUUGGCCAGAGUCUUAUGCUGGUUGGCUCGCGUGGAUUGCUUGA